UUCUUGCCGUGUCAACCAGUAAUUGCCAACCCCUUUGGGAUGGAUGCGACCUGGUAACGUUGCCUACCUAGCCCACUAGAUGGCAGUGAUGCACCUCUGCACCGGUUGCGUGCUGUAAAAAUAAACCAGUAAAAGAAGAGCUCCCUGGGAGGCAGAGGCCAACUGUAUCCGGUGAAAAACAAAGUCGCAGCUCGAGUGAAAAAGGGGACUCUUUUUUUCCCUACCAGGAAACCGGAUCCAUAAAUCUCGGUAUGUUUUCCUAGAUAAUUAGUGGACUUAACAUCAAGCUUUACAGGAAGAAGAGUCAGUAGAGAUUUAUUCUGACUACAACGGGUUUCUUCUUCUCCACCAUGACUGCUGCUGCGAGAGGUUCUGCAAAACCUCCGAUCAGGGGACCUGGCGAUGGCAUGGAAACUGAGAAACCGCUUUUGAUCUCAGAUUCACUUCUUCACUGUCCAUCUGAAGUCUCCACUGUGAAGGUGACGACCCCCAAAUGCAGCCCCAAAUCCAUCCGUCCUGCUUCACCACAGCCUCACGGGGUGCUACACCUCGGCAAAGUGAGUCGCGAGGCCUGCACAGAAGUAGAGGCUGUGAGAAUCAUCGUGCCGCGUGCUGCCAUUAGCAGGUGCAGCCAUGCAGGGAUUGCCGAAUCAAAGGGGGAAUCAGGGCAACAGUCUGAAGAGCAGGGCUCUCUUCAGGUCUCUCCAGUGGACGACUGGAGAAGACAGCUGGACAAGUUACAGAACUCAGAACGCAGGCUGCUGCAGGACAAGGAAGGACUUUCCAACCAGCUGCGUGUGCAGACAGAGGUAAACCGUGAGUUAAAGAAACUUCUGGUGGCAUCGGUGGGCGAUGACCUUCAGUACCACUUUGAACGUCUUUCUCGGGAGAAGAACCAGCUGAUAUUGGAAAAUGAAGCUCUGGGCUCCAGUCUGGCACAUACUGCAGAGCAGCUGGAGCGAAUGAGUAUCCAGUGUGAUGUUUGGAGAAGCAAGUUUUUGGCCAGCAGAGUCAUGGCUGAAGAGCUGACAAAUGCACGGGCAGCUUUACAGAGACAAACCAGAGAAGCUCAGGGAGCCAUUCAGGAUCUACUGCUGGAGAGAGACGAGUUCUCCAGGGACAUGUUCCUCACACACAGGUCUCUGGAGCAGCUCCUGGUGUCGCUGCAGUGGGGCAGACAGCAGACCUACUACCCCAGUGCUCAACCCCUCACUACCAAAGAGCUAGCAGCAGCCAAUCACAAGCUAGCAGUGGCUAUCAACUCCCACCUGCUGGGCAACUCGAGCACUACCACCGCCAACCUCGCCACCUCCACCAGCAUCAGCAGCAAUACAGUGAAGAGCAGCAGCGUGGCAGCUGAACAGCUGUGCAGCACUCCUGCAGAGAAGAUGGCUAUAAAAGUGCUGAAGAGUCUGGAUCCAAUUUCCUCUCCAGAAAACAAAUCCACAGCUGCUCUCAGUGACAGCCCGCAGUCCACUUUUCCCAACAAUAAGAAGAGCAUCGGCAGGUUUCAUCCCUACACACGCUACGAGAACAUAACCUUCAACUGCUGCGAGCACUGCACAGGAGAAAUCCUGGUUCUGUAGAGGAGGACGAGAGAAACCAUAGGAAUGAAAAAGACAGGGUUUGAGGAGGAACUCCCCUCAAGGACCUCUGCUGACCUCUGCUGGAGGAUGUUAGAAAAAUCUUCACCUCUGCUCUGAUCAAAAUUUCUUCACAUUUUUUAUUUUCUGAUUUCACUUUUUCUUUACUUUAUAUUCAGGGAAAAUGUCCGUUGCAUUUCUGGGUCACCGCAGCCUGGUGAGGUCAAGAAUCAGUGUUACAUCGUAAAUGAACACAGUUAUUUAUUGAAUGAUUUUUUUGGUUAUUGCUUUAUUUUUUUAAUAGUCUUUUAUCCAGAGAGAAAUUGUGCAAAUGCAGUUUUGAGCAUUACCCUUGGAGCUAAUGUGACUUGAAUAUGGCAGGUUUUUAAUAUUUUGCAUACGCACCAACAUUAACUCAAGGUACUGUAUAUGCCAACUUUAUUGAAAAAAGAUUUGAUGUCAGUGCAAACUUCUUCCUCUGUAUCACAGUUUGAAUUUGUUACAAAGGGGGAAAAAAAUAAAUGUUAUGAAGUUUGA